AUGCCCUCGCUCAAAGCCUCGGGAGGUGGCGGCAUCUUUGAUGGAGUCCUUCGCUCGAUCGCGCCCACGUCUCGGGUGCCCAUGAGCCAUCGCGAGUUUGACGUGCUGCUUGCCCUAUGCGCCAGCGCUCACGACCUACAUGAUCUCUCGCAUGCCGACCGCCUUGUCAAACAGUUGACGGCAUACCUUCCCGAGUCUUACUCGCAACUAUUCUCCCCCUCGCCAUUCAUUCAGGAAAUCCGACCAGCCCCAUGGACCGCUCUCACGUACCAACUCACCACGGCUCUCCUCGUCCUCGGCCUCCGAUUCCCUCCGCUGAAAGAAGCUGUGUCGGCUAGCAUCAAAGAAUAUGUACAAAACUGGUCCCAGUCAGCUUCUGCUCUGACUUCGCUGAAUGUCGGUGAACAAGAUGAAGAGCAAGGAACCGAGACUCAGGAGAUCGCAGCGGCCACGGUAUCCUUGAUUGGGUUUCUGGAUGCCGCUGCCAUCCAUGAGAAUUUUUGGACUGCCUAUGAGAGAGUCGAGCUCAUCCGGAACCUAAAAGAAGCUCUUUCGGAGCGAUUCCUCAUAGCCCUCGAGACUGCUUCAUCAGCCAUUCGAAACUCGGCUUCCUCCGAGGCCGGUGAACGAGACUGGAGAAAGUACUUGAGGAGAUUUGCUGCCCAGGGAUUACCUGUCGGAGCUAUGAUGCUGCAGAAAGGUUUUGUCAAGCUGGUACUGGCAUGCACCGCCAGAAUGCUUUGUGAUGAACAUACAGUGCAAUGCGGAGAUAUCCUCGACCAGUAUAUUGCUGGCACUCAUAUUAAUCGCGCCAGAGAUGACAGUAUCACCGACGACAUGAUUGAAUAUCUGGUGGAUACCAUCACUGAGCAAAUGCGCGUCUUGGAGGAUGGCUCUGACUACCUACAGCUGAGCUCCGUGUGGCAGCAACGCCUAGCUUUUUCAGUAAAAGCAUACGCACUGGAGGCAUACUUGCACUGCCUGGUCCUCGAUGACGAUAUUGCGGAUGCCGAAGACCUCGCUGCAUGGCUGGAAGAUUCCAUUGCAAACCAAGUCCAAAUGACAGAUUCCGACCUCGCGGAUAUUGUGCUAAAGAGCCUAGCCGUCGUUGCCAAGUACGUGCCCGAAGGUGCGAACAACUAUGCUCGAAUCCUGUUGAGAUUUAUUGUCCGGGGCACUUCGAGACCAGAUGCGGUGACCAUCGCUGCACAAAGUCUAUCACAUAUUCUACGCAUGCUGUCCCAAGAUGCCGUGAUCACAACAAUAUACUCCUUGGGAAACGUUCUCAGUUCACAAACAGGCGCAGAAAAGACCCAUCAACUCCAUGGCACCGCAGAAGCCAACGGCCACAGUGGGUCUAUGUCGUCGACCACCCGGCUACGGACUGGAAGCGUGAUCUCAUUGUCAUUGAGUGGGGACGAAGAGACAUCACUGGUGUGCGGGAAUGUUGCCCAUGCCAUCGUGGUCAUAGCUACCGAAUGCAACGACAGUAAAAUCAUCGCACUCGUACAGAUGAUGAUGUUACAGAAAGUCGGGAGGAUCAGUGUGGUGGUGGAUGCUCACAUUGUCCAAGAAGCCGCAAAGCUUUCCAUUUCUGGGAAAGAGAACGAAUUCAAGACACUCUUGAAGCUAUACACGCGGUUGCAUCACGAGGCUGUCGUCCAAAACAACACUCCCCUUAUAGAAGCUGUCCGAAACGCACAGGAAUACCUGGCAUUGAACUUGGACAACCGUUCGCCGUUGUUCAAGAUCUAUGCCAUGCAAUUGCUGGAACGGAUCCUCAGCAAGGGGGAUGUGGUUGAGGGGGAAUUCAAGCAAUCCGCAGAGGUGGAACAGGCUGCAAAGGAGAUAGCACCUCUUCUCAAGCCUCUGUCGAUCUUGGCUUCCCGGAAACCUGCUCUUACAAUAGAAAGCACCCUUGCUGAAGACACUGAUAUCCUGGCCAUGGCCAGGGAAGUCUGGUAUAAUGUGGCUGUGCAUGGGAUUACUCUACAGUCGCGCAUCGGGCAACAACACUACGAGGAGCUACGAGUUCUCGCAAUGAACUCAAUGCCUCUUGUGGACGACGACCGUGCGGAACUUUUGGAGUCGGACGUGGAAAUCAACACGGUACUGAGGAGAGGCAUGAAUCCACAGCAUAUGCAGGCGCAGAAGAAGGCCUUGAUCGCGGUCAUACCAGACAAGGAAUCCGAGAUCGGCAAGCUGAGCUAUCAGAAAGUUGUGUUUCUGAAUGCAGUCUUCCUGGUCGAGAGUCUCCGCGCUUCUUCCGGGAGCUGUGCAGAGAUUUUGGACUACUUCGUUGACCCGAGCACGCAGACAAGCCAUAUGGGAGCGUGCCUGAGCUCGAUAGCCAACAAGGUCGUGGACAGAUACACCCAAAAGGCUGUUAGUGCAAAGGAAGACGACUUCAGCGCUCCAUACGUCUCACGACAACUUGCUCGAAUUCUCAGUGGUUGCUGUCAUCGAAGCAGUAAAAUGCAAGAAGUCGCCAGAGCUGCAGCCAACCACAUCAUCACCUUUGCACCUUCGGCCUUGUGCCAGAAAUCGGCUUUGUUCGCCUUGCUCGAGCUACUGUCGUUAAUGUGGUCGAGUUGUUUGGAUGCUGAUACUGAUGAGUACGAGUGGCGUCCUACGCUGACCUCCACUAGAGGCAAGAUCACGGUCGAGCUGUCCGAUGAUUACGCAUUCCGCCGACGUACUGAACAAAAUCUGCAUAGUGAUGCUCGGAAAUGGGUUACGAUGGUCAUGGGGGUGGCGCCUCUGGAUGUGAAGGGCCUCCUUCAGACCUAUCUCUCCGAAUUCGAUGAUACAGGCGCAUAUGGCCAUAUCUCAUUGGGCAGGUCUUUUGCUCUCGAAAUGGGCUCAAUGAUCCCUCCAAUGGAUUACAGGCUGAACGCACUUGACCACAAGAACGAAUCCGCCAAUAUUAACAUGGCCUCCGAUUUCAUUGCUCAGUACACUACAAGGCAGGAAUAUCGAUUCACGGGAGUGCCUGAUCAUCAACGAGAAAACACAUACAUCGAUGAUGCGACGGGCCGGAGGUCGUCGAUGGGACGGGCCGCUGCUGAUUCGACAUCGAUUCUACAUGAUGCGCUCGUUGAUCUCCAGAACAGAAUACUUCAGAAGGCACACGUGAGAAACUCCGAGGUCAAAGAUGUGCUACGGCGUGCGGCAGCGCUCCUUUGUCAAAGCAAGAAAUCUCAAACGGCGAUUGUGCACCUCUUGGUCAAUAUACCUCUUGCAAUCUUUACCAAAGAGUCCAUUAAGCUUGGAAUCUCGCUGUGGUUGGGUGUCAUCCAUGAGAACAUCAGAAUGGAGCCGAGGAUUCUGACUGAGGUCGCACAAGCCUGGGAAAGGACUAUCGAUCGGAGGCAGGGCAUUUUCAAUCCCAAGUUCAAGCAUAUCGAUCCAUUCUAUGUCAAAGAAGAAUUUGCUCCAUCCGACAGGGCGGCUCUGCAGAAGGAAGCACAGACGGCCCACAACACCAUUUCACCGCAUUUCAGGCUGCUGCAGUUCUUUGAAAGUCAUUUCAACGCCAUCAGGCUGGGGAGUGCCAAUACUCAACGGACCUUCAUCCGGAUGCUUGAGCGCACUCUCCGUGGCUUCCUUCAUGUUCACGGACAUCCGCUUCUGCGCGACCUUCAAUUUCACGUGGUUCUCUUUGCACUUCGGAUGCUUAAACUAGGAACAUGCUUGAAUAAACUGUCCCAGUGGAAAUUGAAGGAUCUUAUCCUGUCGGUCGGUCUGCAAUGGUUCGCAAAGCCCCCUUGUUGGUCGUUUGGCGGCAACCGUCUACAACUGAAAGCCGAGAUCCGGGUGAUGCAAGAUGUGUUGGCGCAGCUACAGGCCAGUCGGGGACCCAUCUUGCCAGCAUCGGCUACAAGGAAAGACCCUCAACAAAAGCAGGAGCUACUUGAAGCACUCCUCACAAGCGAAGUAACGCGGCUCAGCGUUUGGCUGUCGCCGCUUGCACACGGCGGACAGGCUGCUCAACUGGACAAUCAAAUCGCAGCGUUCGUCCGUGUCGCAUGGGCGGAGGAUCCUGCCCUGGCCAUCCAGCUGGUGAGCCGAUUCACGAAUGAGCAGACCCGCCGAGAUGUCCGUUUCCUGCUCCUGAAUCAGCCAGAAAAGGCCUUGCACGAAGCCAACGCGGUGGACUUAGUGCUCGGAGACGGUCUCUCGUCGGAUCUGUCCUUCCAAUUAAAGUAUCUGCUAUACUGGAACCCAGUGAAUCCUAUACAGGCUGUCACCUACUUCAUGCCUGCCUUUGGGAACCAUCCAUUCAUCCUUCAGUAUGCCAUGAGAGCGGUCGAGAGCCAUUCCGUCGAUGUGACAUUCUUCUACGUCCCCCAGAUUGUCCAGAGCCUGCGGUAUGAUACGCUAGGCUACGUUGAACGCUACAUCAUCGAGACGGGCAAGUUCUCGCAGCUUUUCGCUCACCAGAUCAUCUGGAACAUCAAGGCCAAUGCCUACAAAGAUGAAGACUCACAGAUACCAGACCCGGUGAAGCCAACCCUGGAUAAAGUCAUGGACAGCCUGAUUUCGAGUUUUUCUGGGGCCGACAAGGACUUCUUUGAGCGAGAGUUUGCGUUCUUUAGUGAAGUGACCGACAUUUCGGGCAAGCUCAAGCCAUUCAUCAAGAAAUCCAAACCAGAGAAGAAAGCGAAGAUUGAGGAAGAAUUGCGCAAGAUCAAGGUCGAUGUAGGCGUGUACCUGCCCAGUAAUCCGGACGGUGUUGUAGUAGGCAUCGAUCGCAAAUCUGGCAAGCCUCUGCAAUCCCAUGCCAAGGCGCCGUACAUGGCGACGUUCCGGAUCCGGAAAAAGAAGGAAACGCCAACCGAGGAGAUGAACGAGUUGAUAGAGUCAGCCCAACAAGAGCAGACUCAGAAGAAUGCCCGGAGGGGCCAUAGUCGCAGGAAUACCAGUGAUAUCUCCAGCGCCGAACUGGCUGACACAAACCCGUCGACUUACGAGGUCUGGCAGAGUGCCAUCUUCAAAGUUGGAGACGAUUGUCGGCAAGACCUCCUCGCAUUGCAAAUGGUCGCCGCCUUCCGCGGCAUAUUCAACUCUGUCGGCCUAGACGUCUACGUCUUCCCCUACCGGGUCACCGCCACCGCACCUGGCUGUGGUGUCAUCGACGUGCUCCCCAAUUCGAUAAGUCGAGACAUGCUCGGCCGCGAAGCCGUCAACGGACUCCACGACUAUUUCAUCACCAAAUACGGUGGCGAGCAUUCGGUACGAUAUCAAGAAGCACGAUCUGAAUUUGUGAAAUCCAUGGCUGCAUACUCUGUCAUCACGUACCUGUUGCAGUUCAAAGACCGGCAUAAUGGAAAUAUCAUGGUUGAUGACAAGGGUCACAUCUUACACAUUGACUUUGGAUUCUGCUUCGACAUCGCCCCUGGAGGUGUGAAAUUUGAGCGCGCACCCUUUAAGUUGACGCCAGAAAUGAUUGCGGUGAUGGGUGGUGACGAUCCGGCUACGUCGCAGCCAUACCGCUGGUUCGAGGAACUUACGAUCAAGGCAUUCCUCGCAUCUCGUCCCUAUUGCGACAAGUUGAGUCACUUGGUGAGUUUGAUGCUGGACUCCGGGCUGCCUUGCUUCAAACCGGAGACGAUGCGGAAUUUCAAGAACCGGUUUGUCCUAGAGAAGAGCGAGAGGGAGGCGGCAGAUUUUAUGCUCGGGUGUAUCAAGAAGAGUGCGGCGAACGUGACAACCCGGGUGUAUGACGAGUUUCAGUUGAUCACUAAUGGGAUUCCUUAUUAG